AUGGAUGUGAGCAGCAGCUGUUGGUUCGAGACAGACCUCAAAAGUCCAGCUCGGCUGUCAGCCAGAUGUCUACAACUGUGCCGGCUACGGCAAUUCAUUGUAUCAUUGGAACCAGGAGGACACAGCGAGGCUAAGAUCAGGACAAGCAGCCUUGGUUUGGACGCCUUGCGAGCCAACAAGACGCUGACGGCAGAGGAAGUGAUCGUCAGACUUAGCCAACGUAUUUUUCGACAUGAAAAGCCUUGGCGAGGGUUCCUGAUCGAAGGCGACAUCGUCAAACCCUUGCAAAGGAAUACAAUACUCUCUGAGCCCAGGACGUGGGAGAAGUCAGCAGAUGGAACAGUGAAAAUCCCCUAUGAAAUCUCCCAGCAGUACGAUGAGGAGACUCGGAGCUCCAUCAGCCAGGGCUUCGGGGACUUUGAGAAAUUCACGUGUGUUCGGUUUGUGCCUCGCAGCGACGAGGAGGACUUCAUCUCCAUUCAGCCACUGCAAGGGUGUUACUCAUCUGUGGGCCGAGUUGGCGGGAUGCAGCUCCUGUCACUGAAACGUCAGUGUCUGAAGAAGGGGAAAGGGGUUGUUGAACACGAACUGAUGCACUCGCUUGGUUUCUGGCACGAGCACACAAGGAGUGACCGGGACAAGUUCAUCAAGAUCGAGUGGAAAAAUGUCUGGCCCGGUUAUGAACACAACUUCUUGAAGAAACCCACCAAUAAUCUGAAGUCGAAAUAUGAUUAUGGCUCCAUCUUGCACUACAGCAGAUCUGCAUUCUCCAAGAACGGGCACCCCACCCUGAAGCCACUGCUGGACACGCACGCCAUAAUAGGGCAACGGAUCCGACUGAGUGAGAUGGACCUGCUGAAGGUCAACAGGCUUUACAACUGCACAGCAGAUGAUCUGUUCCUGAAUGAUGACAGUUCUCAGCUUGAAAAUGAACAAAGCAAAGAGACUGGUGAAAUGGUGAAAACGCACUCUACUAUCCAGACCCCAACAAACCAGACGUCAGCAGAUCUAGUUACCCCUUCAGUUCAUCAGCAAAGUCAAAUUACCACUGGAGCUCCUGAAAGUUUUGGUGCUACUAUCUCCACAGUAGCUGAGACCUCAGUGACCUGGGAAAACCUGAGCAGCCCUGCCUCAGACAACACCUCCUCUGUGUCUUUAUUCAUGCAGCCCACACUUGAGGUUUCUGGCCACCAAUCCGACCUGCAACUUGGGACCCUCGUUCCAAUGAGAUUUCCUGAUCCUCUGUUGAUUCCAACACAGGUCCCGUUAGUACAAUCAGAACUUGCUUCUGUGGCUGUGAUGAAGAGACUCACAACAGACCUGGUGACCCAACAAUCACUUACACAGACGACAGCUCUAUCUCUGGGGCAGAAAAAGGCACUAAUGCCAGAGAGUAAGAGACCUACAACUUGCUCCAAGGUACUGGUGAGAGAGCUGGUGACAGAGGCACUAGUGAUGCCCUCACAAAGUCACAAAGCUACCAGCUGGGCUGAAGUUCUACCUGGGCAUCUUCGCAUCCUCACACACAGCCAGGCUGAAGUGCCAACCUCCUCUCCCUCUACCACGAUCGAGUCACCUACUGUCUUAACUGCAAAGAAUCAUCAAUCUGUUAGCCUUAGCCACAGCAAACAGCCAGCCACGCAUCUCCAGGCAUUGGGUGGAGUAUCAGCCACACCAAUCCUCAGAGAUGACAACCAGACGAGGAUGUUAACUCUGUCUCCUCCCACCCCAACACAGCACACAAACACUCAGCCACUGCUGAUACAUUCACAAACUUCUGAAUAUGCCCAGAGUGAAUUGAUGCCAACUGUUCCUUCAGCCAUCCCAGCAGCGGAAUGA